CUUUUAAUAUGGAAAUUUUUUCUUUUUAUUUAUUUUAACAUAUAUACCCAAAACUAUUAGUAACGCCAAGUCCUUCUCUAGUACAUGUGAAACUCCGGCGGCGUUUCUCGGCCGUGCGAAAAAUUUUCAGAAUCCCGAUCAAACUCCGGCGGCGUUCCUCCAAACUUUCUUUUUUACAUGUUUUCCCCCAAAGAGAAAGACUCUGUCAACCUUAUCUCUCUCUCUCUCUCUCUCUCUCUCUCUCUCUCUCUCUCUCUCUCUCUCUCUCUCUCUCUUUCUCCCUAUAAAAUCAGAAGAAUGAAUAACGCGCGACAGAUAUAGCGACAGAUAUAGAAACAAUGCUCCCGCUUCGUCUCCACCUGCCCGCCCAUCGGGGUCUGCGCCUUCUCUCCCUUUUCACUCGCUUUGGUUCUAGGCAAACCGUAGCCUUCUCAGUCGAAUCGAAAGUGAGAUCGGUGGCCAUGGCGUCGUAUAGCACUGCAGCUGCAGACGCAUCGAGGAGGCUUCUCUUCAGGCAGCUCUUUGAGAAGGAAUCAUCCACCUACACCUAUCUUCUUGCCGACAUGGGGCAUCCAGAGAAGCCCGCCGUGUUGAUUGACCCUGUAGAUAAAACGGUAGAUAGAGAUUUAUCGCUGAUCAGGGACUUGGGAGUGAAGCUCAUCUAUGCUAUGAAUACUCAUGUACAUGCCGAUCACGUGACUGGAACUGGCAUCAUAAAGGUUAAAGUUCCAGGUGUACAAUCAGUCAUCUCCAAAGCUAGCAAUGCAAAAGCUGACCAUCUAAUUGAGCAAGGUGACAAAAUAAAUUUUGGUAAUCUCUAUUUGGAGGUCCGCGCUACUCCAGGGCAUACAUUAGGCUGUGUUACGUAUGUAACCGGCGAUGGACUCAAUCAGCCAAAUCCUAGGCUAGCUUUCACUGGAGAUGCUGUGUUGAUACGUGGUUGUGGUAGGACAGAUUUUCAGGGAGGAAGUUCACGUCAGCUCUACCAGUCAGUCCACUCACAGAUAUUCACAUUGCCUAAGGAGACACUUAUUUAUCCUGCUCAUGACUACAAAGGCUUCACCGUUUCUACUGUUGGGGAGGAGAUGCUGUACAAUCCUCGCUUGACAAAGGAUGAGGAAACUUUCAAGAGCAUCAUGGAAAAUCUAAAAUUGGCAUAUCCAAAGAUGAUUGAUGUGGCAGUACCAGCAAAUAUGGCGUGUGGGCUUCAGGAUGUUGCAGUGAAGGCUGAAGCUGCAUCUUCUUAAAUAUUCAAAGCUAAGCUGUGUUUGAAUAGUUUCCUGUUCAUAUUAAUGGGCUGUUUGGUAUCUUAUUUCAAGCAGAAUUUCAGUAACAGAAUUUCUGGGAUUUUGAAUACAUAAUAAAAAAAAACAAAUUAUUUUGCUGACUCA